AUGUUUAGCAUUUUCGACGACGGUCGAGCCGGACUCGUCGAUAUGAUGCUUAGGCUUUGUGACGACAUGAUAAUGCACCCUGACGGUAACGAUCGCCUGUACACUGAGAAAAUCGUGAGCUACCUGCGCAAGUACUUGCAGGAACUUGAAACGAUGGAUCGCGGUUUGGGAAACACGGCCCACCUUCUAACGUGGAUGUCGCAGAAAUUUUGGAAAUGGUUGCCUGGGAGCUUGGUAGGUUCACCUUUUUCCUAUGCAUCUAUGGCGGAUGGGUACGCCGAGCGGAUGGAGCUACACUUGGUUCAGUACGAUGAGCGCAUUCUCGUGCAUCGGGAGGAUAAUGAGAUUACGCUUGAUCAUAACCCGCCCGUCUUUGAGAAGUUUACUUGA